AAAUUCUGGGCCCGGGAGGCGGCUGGAGCUCUGGCCUCGUAAAGCAGCGCCAAGUAGCCCCUUGGAGGGAGGAGGCGGACAGGUGGCCUCCGCUGGGCUCCCGCAGUCCUGCUCGGAGCCUAGCUUCACAACAGGGCAGGCGCUUGGGAUCCUCCAGCACCGGAAAGCCUUUAUUUAUCUGCUGCUAAGCAAACUGACGACAGCGGAAGCUCUGCGUGUUUUGGGCUGGGCUCGAGCUGUCCACCCAGGCACCCGCCGUGGCAGGAGCUAAGGCAUCGCGCUUCUCGCCGCUCUAGGGGGCGCGUGUGCGCUUUCUGCGCGCCCAGGCUGUGAGGAGGGCCUGCGUGGGGAACGCGUCGGCGGUGCCUGGGCUGCGUGGCUGGCCGCCCGCGCAAGAGGGAGACGGAGAGAGGCCGCGGUGAGCAGAAGAGCCCCGGCCGUCCCUGGCAAGCAUGUCCGCGCCCUGUUGCGCGGGGCAGUUGGCCUGUUGCUGUGGUACCGCUGCAUGUUCCCUCUGCUGCAAAUGCUGCCCCAAAAUAAAGCAGUCAACCAGCACCCGCUUUAUGUAUGCCCUGUACUUCAUCCUGGUAACACUCAUCUGUUGUGUCAUGAUGUCGAAAACAGUAGCAAAAGAAAUGCAAGAGCAUAUUAGCUUUUAUGAAACAAUAUGCCAACAUAUACAGGCUGGUGACAGCUGUGAGAAGCUGGUGGGCUACUCUGCAGUGUAUCGAGUGUGCUUCGGAAUGGCCUGCUUCUUCUUCAUCUUCUUCUUGCUCACAAUCAAAAUCAACAAUAGCAAGAGCUGCCGGGCAUACAUCCACAAUGGAUUUUGGUUGAUUAAACUUCUUGUCUUGGCAGCCAUGUGCUCAGGAGCCUUUUUCAUUCCAGACCAGGAUACCUUUCUUAAUGCUUGGCGCUACGUGGGUGCUGCGGGAGGGUUCCUCUUCAUCCUUAUUCAGCUUAUCUUGCUUGUAGAAUUUGCUCACAAGUGGAACAAAAACUGGACAUCUGGCACAAAGCACAAUAAGCUGUGGUAUGGCUCCCUAGCUCUUGUCACUCUUGUAUUGUAUUCUGUCGCGGUUGGAGCUCUGAUUGUGAUGGCUGUCUUUUACACACGCGUGAACGGCUGUGAUUUUAAUAAGAUCCUGCUUGGCGUCAAUGGUGGCCUUUGCCUGCUUAUUUCCAUGGUAGCCAUCUCACCCUGCGUCCAAAACCAUCACCCACAUUCUGGUUUAUUGCAGUCAAGUGUUAUCAGCUGCUAUGUCAUGUAUCUCACCUUUUCUGCACUAUCGAGUAAGCCACGAGAAACAAUCAUAGAUGAGAAUCAGAACAACAUCACAAUCUGUGUACCUGAAUUUAACCAUGGGCUGCAAACUGAUGAAAACCUGGUGACUGGGUUGGGAACUGCCCUCCUAUUCUGUUGCAUUUUAUAUUCUUGUUUGACCUCAACAACACGUGCAAGUUCUGAAGCACUGCGAGGAAUAUAUGCAACACCAGAAACUGAAGUAGCACGCUGCUGCUUCUGCUGUUCUCCAGAUGAAGAAACAGAUGUGGAUGAACGCAUUGGUAAAAGAGGUGGUCAGAGAGUCAUUUAUGAUGAAAAGAAGGGCACCGUGUACAGCUAUGCCUAUUUCCACUUUGUUUUCUUCUUGGCUUCCCUCUAUGUGAUGAUGACUGUUACCCACUGGUUCCAUUAUGAAAGUGCUGCAAUUGAGAAAUUCUUCGUUGGAACAUGGUCCAUAUUCUGGAUUAAGAUGGCUUCAUGUUGGGUGUGCGUCCUUCUCUACCUAUGGACUCUUCUAGCUCCUCUCUGCUGCCCUACCAGAGAAUUUUUAGUGUGAAAUUUCAUCUCAUUGCGGCUUGGAGAAUGGAAAAAUAAAUCUUGUCUAUUGGCUACCCUAACACUACUCCAACAUAUGGCUUUCUCUCAGAUAAAACUGGAUGUCUUCGGCCUGGACUUUUCUUUAUGUAAUCUAAGAGUUUGAAGGAAUAUUAGUCAAAAGCAACACCUCAGUCUGGAACCAGAAAAUACAAAAACUGUUACCUAUCCCAGCAUAAGUAAAAGCUUUUAAAUUAUGGCUUAUCCAUCAUGCAAAUGUUUGGUGUCCCUCCUGUAUGAUACAGAAUGUCUGUUUGCUCACAGACUUCUGAACCUUCUUGCAGUGACUGAUUUUCUCACAAGUGAAAAAACACCUUUGUAGGGAAUUAGAAAGUGUAACAACUUGAUAGGGAUAGUUUUGUGCAGGUAGAAAUAGCAUCAGCUCAAGGGUUUCUUUUCCUGUAUUAGAUACUUAUCAUAAAUUAUUGGAAAUAUGGAUUGUGAAAGAAAAGGAUUUAUGGUUAUAGAAAUAUUUAAUUUAUGAUAUUAAUGAAAGGCACCUUUAUAAAUCACUGGGUGAUGGAAUGUGGAAUUUAAGAUGCUAGACACUGUAACUGAUGGUGCAAUUAAUGAGAGUUUUUUGUGGGCUACUCUGGGAGGAAAUGCAUCGAGUACAAUAUUCAUGAUGGGACCAAUGAACAACAAUUUCCCUCUUUUAUCUGAGCUACCCUAAUACGCCUCAAGAAUCUGCCAUUUUGAAAUAGUUAAGUGAAUACAUGCUAGAUCCUAUCCAAACCUCUGAACCUAACAAACUGAAAUGCAGGACCUGCAAAAUCUAGUGACAGUUGAUGCUGUAAAACUAACUGUGUCCUGAAAAAAUAUUUAGGAAUAUUGAAUGUUAUUUUCAGCUGUGUGGGAUAUUUUUGUCCAUCACUGUUUAGAUGCCAGAUUGCCCCUCGAAGCUUGUUUUUUAUGGUAAUAACUUGUAACUUUAAAGUGCAAUUGCAAGUAGAGAUUAUAAUAGCAUUUUUCAGUCUUAUUUCAGGUCUUCAAAACUGUGUUGUUGAACAUUAAGAUGUUGCCUUUCUAGCUCUUUAUUAGAAAUUAACUUCAGAUGCCAAGCCUUUUGAUGUUCUCCUUUAGGGGAAUUCCAUAAUUUGGAUCAAAGCUAAUUUUGUAAAAUAAUUUUUUAACUUUUUAAUCCUGAAAAAGAACCUUAUAAAUGUUGGCUCACAUAAAGCCACUGUAUUCACUGUUUUGUAUUUACUCAUAGUUAGAUUUGAGUAGUACCUUAGAGACCAUCAAGAGUCUCAAGGUAGAAGCUUGUCAAAUGCUUGUUUGUCUCUAAGGGACUAGUCAACUGAAACCUACCUGUUCUACUGCAGACCAGUAUGGCUAACUCUCUGAAACCAUACGUAAGCAUGCGUCAGCUAUUACAUUACUUGUUGACUUGUUGUAUGUCAUCACUUCAUUUUAAAGCUAGCACAUGCCACUGUUUCAGAUUAAAUAAAUGGCUGGCGGUCACUUAAAUAAUAGCAUUCUGCAAACAGGGUAGCUGCGGUAUGUAGGAUAUCCUAUUCCAGUCUUUAUGUAAGAAUUAAAGCAUGGUAAUAUGGCAAUGGCACAUUACACCAUUACUAUCAGUGUGCACCUUUCCUUUUAACAAUCAAGUGACUUGGAAAGUUAGAAAGGUGUGCUGAAAGUAUUGGUGCAGCCUGCCUAUGCAAUGAUACCACACUUGGAUUGCUACAUACUAUAUUAACUGCACUUUCUGCUUUAAUUUAGUAUUUCCUUAAUACUUGGUAAAUGGCUGCCAUCUGGAGAAAGAGAAGGGAGUGCACACUUUCAAGGGAAUUAAGAGUUCUUGUCCUUGUCUGUCCAUGAGCAGAAGGCUUGAACCCAAUAGAAGUUAUUGUUGGUACUGUAUCAUGUCCUUUGUUUUGUGUAUCCUUUUGUCUCUCCCCUCCCCCGGUAAUAACUUUUUCAGAGCUUGGUGAAUUUAAUGGAGCUAGAAGCUGCGUAGAACUUAUUUUGCAGUGUUUCAGAGUUGAAAGCAGCAGUGCUGCCUAACAUUAAGAAUUGAAUACAUUUAGGCAAUCAGGGUAUUAGGGAUGCCUGGUUCUCUGAGCUCAGAGCUGGUGAUACCUGGUUUCUUACCAGAUCAUUGUAAAACAUUUAGCUGUUGUGCUUUUAAGGAGGGAGGGAUUUGUGUGCAUGCACCCUGAAAACAUUUGGGAAUUGUAUUCCUCUGUUCAUGUACACUUUGGUCAUAAUGUAUGUGGACCAAAGAGAGUCCAUUCUAGUUAAUGCUACCUUAAUUCAAUUGUUGUAGGUGCUGGGCCUGCUAGUUUUCUGUGAAUUGUAGCUCUCUUUUCAUGGUUUAAUAUUAAAUGUUUAUUGGAAAUAGAUGUAGAUUUUCCAUUCUCUGAACUUCAGUCUCUUCUGUAGACGUACAUGAUAAGGGAAAAAAAUCCAUAUUAGAUAGUUUGCAUACCGUGAUACCUUGCCUUUUGAGUCAGUGACACAAAAGGGAGCUGGAUUGAGCUCAGGAAGCGGAAGUGGUGCUACUAUCUGAAAGUGGCCUUUUAAUCAGUUCCAGCUCCUGCUCAAAUGCUGUGUCUAGCCUCUGUUCUAAUGUAUGGAGAAGGGGAAAUGGAUUGUUAAUGCCAUUGGUGGCGACUGCAAAAGGCAGAAUGGGGUUUGUAACAUGCUGGUACUCGAUCAUGACUCUGCCAAAGGGAAUCCCCAGGGACUAUGUUAAAAUAUACUCCCUUUCUUACACUACUGACACCCUUUUCUAUAGUGGGAAAGGAUCAUUGUACUUUAUAAUCUGAAGGACAGAAUUCUGCCAAAACAUUUAAGGCAUGCAUAUCUAGAGCACUCUUUUUAAGGUCUUAUGGGCUGCAGCCCUUUCAUUGGCAUGUUCAGACAUGGCUUUUCAUAGCAUUUAAAUCUUACCUUACUGCUAAUGUGGCAGUCACUUCUACAUUAUCAAGAAAAUACAUCUUGAAAUUUUCAUUUCUAUUAAAAAAGGCUUUCCACUAUAAAGUUCGUGUACUAACUGCUUUAAUACACAAGACAUUUAAAAUGUGUAUAUUGUAAAAAAUUUCCACUGUUAGAAUAUUUACUUCAAAUAUCAUGAUUUAAAGUUUAGGCUCCAGUGGCAAUAAAGGUGUUUUGCCAAAGAUGUGGCCCAGAAAAAUAGAAUACUGUGCUGAGGUAAAGAAAAAAGUCAGCAAUAUUGCACAUGCCUUAAUUUUGUUUUGCUGUUCAUAAGGUUAAGUUCUAAAUGUUUCUUGACAGUGUUUGAGACCAUUAUGUUGAGAAAUGUGAGUAGCAUAGUCCACUAGGAAGUUCUCCUGCACAUUCUCUAUUGAAAUUAAUGGGAGAGUACAGCUUCUGGUCCCCUUCCUUAUAUUUCAUUGAUGGUUGCAUGGAACUGCUUGUGGAUUAUAGCCACAGGGUUGGAUCUAAUUACUUCCAUCUACUGUAUGAGGUAUUGUGCUGUCUAUUUUACUCUUCGUUCUUUCUAAAAUUUAUUAUAUUGGAAUGUCAGCAUAAUUUGUAGGCACAAUUCAAGUAUAGUUCAUUCCCUGCCAGAUUUCCCCCCAAUAAAGUUCUCUUCUCUCCACUCUUAUCAAAAAGUCCAAGUAGCCUUGAUUUCUCAACAUUACUGCAUAGAGCAGUUAACCAUAAUAUAAGCUUAUUUUUUCAUUUCACUACAAAACAGACCAAAAACAGAAAGCAUGACUCCAUGCACAAGGCCAAGGGAAGGCUAUCAGAUGCCAAAUAUCCAGGAGGUUGAGCCGUCACAAUACUCUGGUGCCUCAUUGAGCAGAAGGAAGUGAUUAUUGAGUCCAAUUUAUUGUAUUUUGUAAAGCAGUGCUUUUCCCCUUCCAAUGUACUACUAGUUUUUAUUAUUUAAACACACAUUAUCAAACAGUUCCAGCUUAUUUAGGAUGUUUUUAUGUAAGCGUUAAUGACUGAAUACAAACUACGAUAUUUUCCAUAGGUUUUUUAAAUUGUGUUUUUUAAAAAGUCUUUUGAUACAACUUCAGCCUUUUUUACUUUUUCUGUUUGUGAGGGAGGGAUUUUGUUCACAAUUGUAACUACCACUGGUUACAUUUUGGUCUGUAGUUUGUAGAAAUUGUAAGACUAAGUAUCUGAGACUUGGAGAAAAAAAUUUCAAUGUACACACUGUAUAUGGUUUUUAAAGCAUGUUACUGGGUUUUCUAGAAAUGACUACAUAUUGAGUGAAAGUAUCAUAAACAUUUAACAGACCAAUAAACUUCUGUUCAUUUGAAAA